AUGAUGUUACCAAUUGUUAAUAAACAUUCUUUCGAUGGUGAUAUUAAUUAUAAACCUCCUAGAAAAUUUCCAAUUGGCCCAUUCAAAAAAUAUAAACAUAAUCCCAUUAUGAAACCUGAUCCAAAUAUCGAAUUCGAAUGUGCUUAUCUUUAUAAUGCCACGGCAAUUGUUAUCGAUGAUAAAGUAUUCAUGUUAUAUAGAGCUCAAAAUAGAGAAAAAGUUUCAAGUGUUGGUAUUGCUUGGAGCAAUGAUGGUAUAAAUUUCACAAAAUAUAAAAAACCAAUUAUAUAUUCAACUGAAUCUUAUGAACAAGGUGGUGGAAUUGAAGAUCCAAGAAUUGUACGAGAUCCAAAAUCAAAAUUAUUUGUAGUCACUUAUACUGCAUUUGAUCUAAAAACUGCUAGAUUAUGUGUUGCUUAUUCUGAAGAUUUAUUUCAUUGGAUUAAAAAGGGUCCAAUUGUGCCUUCAAAUUGGAAUGAUAUAGCAAUAACAACAAAUGGUAAUAAAAUUAUACGUAAUGAUUGGCUGAAAUCAGGUGCUAUUUUCAAUGAACCAAGCAUCGAUAAUAAAUACUAUAUGAUUUGGGGUGAUUGUGAAUUACAUUUAGCUGAAUCUGAAAAUUUAUUAGAUUGGAAAUUAACAAGUAAAAAUUAUAAUGAAAAUACUUGGGCUAGACAAAUACUUGAUAGGGAAUCUAAAUUAAUCGAAAGUGGGCCAGCACCAAUUAAAAUGCAAAAUGGAAAUCAAUGGAUUUUCUUUUAUAAUGCUGCCACAACUGGUGGUAAUGAUUUACCAAAAGAUACAUAUACAAUAAAUGAAAUGUUAAUUAAUUAUGAUAAUAUUCUAAACGGUCCAGUGGCAAGAUUGGAACAUCCAAUUUUAAAACCAGAAUUGGAAAAUGAAAUAACAGGACAAGUAAAUCAGGUUGUAUUUUGUGAAGGUAUUGUUCAAUUUAAAAAUAAAUGGUUUUUAUAUUUUGGCCAAGGUGAUUCUGAAUUAG